AUGGCGGUAAUAUCCUCGGAGCAUGACUCUGGCAGUUCUCUGGCCCACGCGCUUGUAUGCGCUCUCAUAUGGAGCUUGUGGACUGUGGUCUACAACCUGUAUUUCCAUCCGCUUGCUCGAUUUCCAGGACCGAUUCUUGCUCGGGUGUCACCAAUCCCAUACGUCAUUGCUCUCGUCAGAGGACGCAUUCCCUUCUGGGUAAAGGCGUGUCACGAUCAGUACGGUCCCAUCGUCCGCGUGUCUCCAAACGAGCUAUCUUUCGACAAUGAAGUCGCAUGGAAGGACAUCUACGGCAGUCGGCCCGGUCACAAGAACUUCCACAAAGACCCGAUUCAUGUGGGCAGCAUACAAUCGGUACCCGGCGUCUCAACGAUAACGAUGGCCAACGAUGCAGACCAUGCACGGCAACGACGAGCGCUGUCACAUGCAUUCUCUACAAAAGCUCUGCUGGAGCAGGAAUACAUCGUCAAGUCGUACAUCGAUGUGUUCUCACGGAAGAUGCAGGAGUUCGCCAAGCUGGGAAAACCGGUGAAUGUGGUUGAUUGGUUUGCGUACACCACCUUUGACAUCAUCGGCGAUAUGGCUUUGGGAGAACCGUUUGGCUGCCUGACUAAUGAGGACUUCCAUUUUUGGGUGCCGAUGAUCAGCUCAUCGAUCAAGGCUGGCGCUUUUGAACAAGCCACAAGGCGACUCGCAGAGGCCGAUGGUUUCAUGCAAAAGCAGUUACUGAAGCUGAUUCCUCAACGCAUCCGCACUACCAGGAUUCAACAUUUAGAGUAUAGCAGAGAGAAGAUCUUGAAACGUAUGGCACAGUCUAGCUCAGAUCACAAGGACUUUCUCUACUAUCUUCUUAAGCAACAAGAGAGCGGAUCCAUUAAUCAAAACGAAGUCAUCGUGAAUGGAGCGCUGUUCAUCAUUGCCGGGACAGAAACAACAGCUGGUUUUCUUGCCGGGCUUUUCAAUCAACUUCUUCGGCACCCAAGAGUGUUGAACAAGCUUACAGAAGAGAUCCGGUCAAACUUCUCAUCCGAUGCUGACAUCAACUUCGAAGACCUGGUCAAGCUACCAUACCUCAGUGCCGUUAUCGACGAAGGCCUGCGAAUCUUCCCCUCUGCGCCAAUUGGCUUCGUCAGAACCGUGCCUCAGGGCGGUGAUACCGUGGAUGGAGAAUUCAUACCGGAAGGUACCACCGUUUCGGUGCCCAUGUGGGGUGCUACUCAUAGCGAGAGGAACUUCAAAGAUCCAUAUACCUUUCUCCCGGAACGUUGGUUGAACAGGGAAGGAAGUUCCGACAAGUUUGGGGCUUCGAAUGCUUUCUCUCUCGGACCAAGAGGAUGCAUUGGGCGCAACUUAUCUUACAUGGAGAUGCGCCUGAUCAUUGGCAAGCUCCUGUGGCAUAACGACUUGCAGUUCCAUGGAGAUAACGAUGCUUGGGAUCCUGAGAAAGACUAUCCUGGACUUACGGUCUACAACAACUGGAUGAAGCCAGGAUUGUGGGUGAAAUUGACGCCAAGGAGCGGUUGA